AUGCCUGCCAGGACUCCAAGCGAGCAGUCUGCACCGGACAGUGCAACUUGGAAGGACUUCACCGAUCCCUCCGGUCGACAUUUCAGAUUGAAUCUCAAAACGGGAGUGGCGCAAUGGGAUGUGGAUCAUCCCCAGAAACAGAUGACCACAGCCACGCAGCAACGUGCCCGGGCUGCUGUCGCCCCAACGACACGUGCGCCUCUUCCCAGCCAGCCGGCUCCAGCAAAUCACGCAGGUGCUCCUACAGAGGCCCAGGCAGCCUCGAAACAUGCAGUGCCCGAGGCAAAGCUUGAGGUACAGCCCGAAGCAGCCUCUGAGACAAGAUCUGAGGCAAAAUCGGAGGAAGGGACAAAUUGGUUCGCGGUGCAUGGCUGGUUGGAUGACUGGCUCGGGUGGGGGGAGAGUGUGGCGGAUCCAGCAUCGCAAGAAGUGCGUGAGGAUGUAGCGCAGGACUUGGGACUGCGAACUGAGUCCCCCACUUCGAUUGCCACAAAGAUGCCGGAGUCAGAGGCCCAUGCGCCAGCGAAGCCCCCAGCAAAAGCCCCCGCACAGAAAGCACCAGCAACUGCGCAAGCUGUUGCUGAGGGGCGGGAGGCCGUAGCCGAGCUGUACAAGCAAGCAGCCGAGCAUUUGCCUGUUGCUUUGCCAAGCAGGCCCCAAGUGACAGCCCCGGCCAUGCUUGUGCCCAGGAAGGUUGCAGUCGAUGCAGAGUCACACUUCCUGCUCAGCAUCUUCCAGCUGCAGCAGCUGCAGUGCCCAUUGCUCCGCGUCCUCAGCACACGCAGCGCUCCAGCUCGUGCGGUCGCACACCAGCAUGUCAUGACCAACACGCGGAUUGGCGUCAGUGAGGCUGAUGUGGCGAGAACCGCUGCCAUCAAGGCUCUGAAGAACGACGAGCUGGUGAGGAAGGGCAAGCGAUGGUUGGACAAGAUCAUGCGGCAGCAAAAGGCCUUUGAUGACUCUGAAGCCAAGUCAGCAGCCAAGGAGGACAAGCAGAACGCAGGACCGCUCCACGAAGAGAGACACGACCUCUACAGUCGACACCGCGCGGCCGCAUGCGAAGUUAUUCAAGGGCUCAAGUCACAGAGAGUGGCAGGAAUUGCUUUUGCGGAUUAA